GGCAAAUUGCAAGUCGCGUCGGUCGGCCGUAAAACACAAGUUCCACGCGUAAAUAAAUUUCCCAAGUCAAAAUGUUAUCACUAGACAGCGCGUUGGUGCAAACUUACAUAGUUCACUCAGCAAUACUUGCUAUUAAAUUACUGUUGCUCGCGCCGUUAACUGGUCUCGCGCGUGUUACUAAAGGCGCGUUCGCUAAUCCAGAAGACGCAAAACUUUUGGGAGGAAAAGUGAAGCACGACGACAAAACUGUGGAAAGGAUUCGACGCGCCCACCUCAACGAUUUGGAGAACAUCCCUGCAUUUUGGAUCCUGGGUGGCCUGUACCUGACCACUGACCCAGUCGCCGCGUGGGCUACACUCCUGUUCCGCUCGUAUACUGUCUGCAGAUUCCUCCACACUUUUGUCUACGCAAUAUUGCCUCUACCGCAGCCCUCGCGAAUUCUCGCCUUUGUUGUCCCAUUUUUAAUUAAUUUAUAUAUGGGUUUCCAAAUUGUUUUACAUUAUAUUACCGCGUUAUAAACAUAUAAUGGCGAAAGUUUAGGUUUAACUUUUAGGUUUAGGAUAAUUAGUUGCAUAAUAUAAUUGGUUGGACUUAGGUGAUAGAAUAGUGUAAUAGUUUUAUACUUAUGUGGUGAAAGACAUGUACUUAUAUAAUAUAAUUAAUAAAUA